CCAAAGUCUUACGAAACGACAUCGUAAGCGUCAUCCAGCUCCUGGCACCUUUAUGAAUGAGCUGUUUUUCAGAGAGAAAGAAAGAAAACAACCUGGUGGAUUUACUGCUGGAGAAGAAAUCAACAAACGGAGUUGAACGCGCUCGUCUGGUGCGUCGCUGCGAUCUCUCCAGAAAGCCAACAGUUGGACUGCAGCUUUUUUUUAAUAUUGUUAUUUUUUUGUUUAAUUGAAAGAGCCAAAGUAGACAACUUUGCUUUUCAGAAGAUUGUCUGUUUCAGCGGCAAGGAGAGAUAUGUUUAAGAAAACCAAGAGUAAAGUGCUGGUGGAUUAUGCGUCAGAGGAGGACGACAUGUCCUGGCACUAUCAUCACUCCUACAAGGACAAAGACAUACAAGGAGAGGAAGAGGACGAGGAAGCCGCCACGGCAGCGUCCAAGGAGGCCAAGGUGAAGAAGAUCAUGUCCAAGAAGGAGAGGAGGGAGAAGAAGAUGUUCUCCUCCAAAGACGAUGAACACUUCCUGCUGACCGGAGUCAAGCUGGCUGAUCGCAGAGGGUCUCACAAGAAAAUCAAGGACGAUGAGAAGGAGAAGGAGAAGAAGGACAAGCCAGAGAAGGGCCACUGUUUCUGGGAGAGCGUCACCAUGACCAUGAGGCAGAUCUCACCCGCUAAGAAGCUGGAGAAGAUGGAGGGCUGGGAGCCGCCGCAGCUGGAGAGCUUAAACGAGACUGUGACUGACGAACCGGCGGUGCAGAAGAACCAGAGAGGGGACUUGGGGGUGUCCCUCCCCGACUCCCUAAGCGUGCCGUUGGAACUGGCCUCGUGGGGGGGCCGCGGUCUGGAGGAGGACUCCUCCCGCUACGCCAACCUGUCAGACGCCAACGAUUCGACGGCUGCCGUCAGGUGGACGGCCCGGGCCAAGGUCAAGCUGGCCGGCAUCAGCAGGAUGAGCAGAGGGAUCGUGUCGGAGGGCGCGUGGGAGGGCUUCAAGUAGCAGCCGACUCUCCUCAUCGAUGAAGAUCUGAACCAAAUACCUGCGUGAUGUGUAGUCGAACGUGAACGUCGACACGGUGUUGAGAUGCUGUAGUGAAUCCCUGAAUAUAACACAUGAAGUUUUUUUUUUUAGUCUUUCUUUUUAGCUUUGAUGACGAUAUAUGCCAAUUUUUAUGAAUGAACAUUUGAUUCACUGGCGCAAAUCUCAACAAAUGAAAGCCUUAAACUACUGUACCGUUUCAACUGUGAUGUCCACUGGCCUCACGUUUAGAUGUCUGAUAUUGCCAAGAAAUGAGAAGGUUGAUUAUCAAAGAGAAAUGAUGAAGAAUUAUGCAAACCUGCUACUGAAGACUGUUUCUGUCCGUCUCCCUUCUUUUCCUUCUAUGCAGUUUACAGCAUCUGAGCGAAGAAUGUCUGAAGCCUUUAAGUUAUGUUUCAAUAAUGGGCUGUGCAAUCAUGAAACAGCUUGUAAAAUCAGUUUGGGAUCUGAAAUACCAGUGUGUGUGUGUGUGUGUGUGUGUGUGUGUGUGUGUGUUGUGAAGUGACAAGCUUGUUUGUUUGGUUGAGGUCCAGUUCUCCUGUUGUACUGGGAGCACUGGGGUGAUGCCACGCUCACGUCACAGCAGAGUCACAGUUAAAGUUCUGACUUGUGUGCUGCGUUCGUUUCAAAAUCUAAAACAUAAAAUGAUAAUCACUAACAUUUGGCACUUCCUAAUGCAGAAGUGCUUUAAAAUCAAACAAACAUUCACAAGAGCGAAUGAUGUUCAGUGUGAUUAAACACAAAUUCAAUGGAUAUUUAGACAUAUUGUCAAUUCAUAGUGUAAUCAAAGAAUCAUCUCAUACGACAUGAACUCGGCAGAAUGAAUGCAAAGAAAUAGAAUCGUCUGAAUCUGAUGCUGAAUAUUUAAAAAGCCAAACUUUGUACGCUGAGAAGCUUCUCGAGCGGCUGCUCCGAGCACCGAUGACGUGCCUUGAAUCAAGAAAAGGACAUCAUGUGUUUGCUGUAAGUUUGAGCCAGACUGCUGAGCUCAUCCCACCGCCUGCUGCUGGUGCAGGUAGUCCGUCUACCCAGCAUGCACCUGUGCUGCACCGGCUUCCUGGUGUCCAGUCACAAACCAGCAUCUCAGGAUGACGUGAACGUCACCAGCAGAAGCAGCAGGUGUUUAUUUUUGUUUUUAGUCUUUAACGCUGAGUGUACAUAUCUUUUAUAUCAGAUAGAAAAGACGUGAGUCAGUGGACGGGGAUUUCAUUCCUACGAUGAUUUUCUUUUUUUAAAUGUGAAAACUUUUCAAAUGUACUCGUCACGAGUCUCUUCUUUUUAAUCGGUCUACUGAAUUUGUUUGAAGUCAUCACAGCCAGAAGUGUCCACAGAUGCAGCUCCACUGCCAAGGAUGCCUGUAUUUAUUCACUUUUUUCAAAAAGAAUAAAGAUCCUGUCUGACA